AUGCUUGCCCUCCAGUUCCCUGACAUCAAUCAGCCUCGCGCCCGUAAUAUGCCAGGCUAUUCCAAGAUUGAAGGUUGUUGUAUCCAGGCUAACGAAGACAGGUAUCGCUAUGUCUGGAUAGACACUUGCUGCAUCAAUAAGAGCAGCAGCUCUGAACUCUCUGAAGCAAUCAACUCGAUGUUCAUGUGGUACAAGAAGGCCCAGAUCUGCUACACAUAUCUGGACGACGUGUCCAGAUGUGACACUUUGCUGGAAGAGUUUUCCAAUAGCCAAUGGUUUAGAAGAGGGUGGACUCUCCAGGAGCUCAUUGCCCCCAACAAUGUCGUAUUUUUUUCGUGCGAUUGGGAGGAGAUAGGAAGUAAAUCUAGCUUCGCUCCCUUGAUCGAACAGAUCACGGGGAUUGACCGUGGUGUCCUACUUAUGAACUACCCGGAAGAGGUCAGUGUAGCGACAAGGAUGUCCUGGGCUGCAGGAAGGCAGACGACGGGGGUAGAGGAUCAGGCAUAUUUGCUGCUUGGUUUGUUUGGGGUAUACAUGCCUACGAUAUACAGAGAAGGAGAAAAAGCAUUCGUCAGACUUCAGGUCGAAAUCAUGAAGAGCUCCAAUGUCACAACCCUUAUAACGAAUUAA